GAAGUCUGAGGGCUCUCUUGGGAGGAGACAGCUUUACCUUCCUCACUGCAGCUCUGUGUUAAGUACCUUAUUGGGCAGUGGGAGACAUGUCUGCAGGCUGAGCUGAAAGGCAGCCCGAGGUAGGUGGAUAGGCACUGGUGGGUGCAAGGGAUAUGUGGGUGCUGGUUCUCAGCCCAUAUUCCCACCACCAUCUCUUGACUAAGUCCCUGAUCUUUCCCCCUUUUAUGAGAGGAGGCUGUUGUCUGUUUGACCCUGCUGAGCUAGAGAGUCACUAGAGAGCCACUAAGAAGUAGGUGGCUAAGGAGGAAGGUCAGAGCUGGAGCAGCAUCUCCCUGUCCCCUCUGUCCCCUCUGACCCAGUGAGUGAGGGAUGAUGGAGUGAUGUUCAUCCCAGAAACUCUUCCACAGGUAGCUGUGGAGUCACUUGUCCUACAGAGAACCCGUCCUGUGUAGAGAUAUGUAGUCCAACUCUAUGAGAAAACAGAGAUCCUGUCAUCUGUGCCAUGGGAAUAUGAGAGAACAUGCACUUGAUGACUGUGAACAACAGAGCCAUGGGCAUGUGGUUGAAUGAGUCCUGCACAGAUGACUUCAUCCUCUUGGGCAUCUUUUCCCACAGCCCAGCUGACCUUGCUCACUUCUCUGUGGUCAUGGUGGUGUUCUCAGUGGCCCUCUGUGGAAACGUCCUCCUCCUUACCCUCAUCAGCAUAGAUGCUCGACUUCACACACCCAUGUACUUCUUCCUCAGUCAGCUCUCCCUCAUGGAUCUCAUGUUGGUCUGUACCAUUGUGCCAAAGAUGGCAGCCAGCUUCCUGUCUGGCAGGAAGACCAUCUCCUUUGUGGGCUGUGGCACACAAGUCAGCCUUUUUGUCUCUCUUGUUGGAUCAGAGGGACUUUUGCUGGGGCUCAUGGCUUAUGAUCGCUAUGUGGCCAUUAGCCACCCACUGCACUAUUCCACCCGCAUGAGUCAGAGGGUCUGUCUCCAGAUUGCUGGUAGUUCCUGGGUCUUUGGGAUCCUAGAUGGUUUGAUCCAGGUGGUGGUAGUGAUGACCUUCCCCUAUUGUGGCUCAAGGGUUGUGGACCACUUCUUCUGUGAGGUGCCAGCCUUAUUGAAGCUGGCCUGUGUUGACACCUCACUUUUUGAAACCCUGCUCUUUGCUUGCUGUGUGUUCAUGUUGCUCCUUCCCUUCUCCAUCAUUGUGGCCUCCUAUGUUCGCAUCCUGGGGGCCGUGCUCCAUAUGCACUCUGCUCAGGCUGGUAAAAGAGCUCUGGCCACCUGUUCCUCCCACAUGACAGCUGUCUCCCUCUUCUAUGGGGCAGCCAUGUUCAUCUACCUGAGGCCUAGGCGCUACCGGACCCCCAGCCAUGACAAGGUGGUCUCUAUCUUCUACACAGUCCUUACCCCUAUGCUCAACCCCCUCAUUUAUAGCUUAAGGAACCGGGAUGUGAUGGGGGCCCUGAAGAAGGGGCUGGACUGUUGCAGGAGCAGCAGCCAACAAUGAAUGGCCAGGGCAUCCUGUGUCUGGUGCCACCAUGUCUUGGUUACACAACAUUGGCAAGUCACUCACCGUUUGUUAGUGUGUCUCCUUAUCAAUAAAUGGGAA